AUGGCAGUUAUCAGAACGGAAUCAUUGAUAGGCCGAAUUGUUAACGUGGAAUUCCUGUUAGCUCUGUGCUAUGAUUUCACCUUGGUACUCAAUUUGGUGCUCGAGCUAUUGGUUGAAGUGAAAGAAGCAGCAAAAAUUCCGGAUAUUCUCUUCCAGUAUUUGCGUGGCAUGGUACUUAGGAUGACGCUCAGUGAGCACAUGCGACAUCUCGAAAUUGUUGGAUUUCCGAAUGCAUUUGCGGUGGUGCGUUCGGAAUGGCAAGAAAGCAGUGCUGAUGCUGUCGAAAUGCUGAUAAAAACCUGUAGAUUUGAACAACAUGAGAUUGAAUGCUUUGAAGCACCGAUAAAGGAGAAAAGAAAGCGGAGUCGGCAUCGGAACAGUGCGCGACAUAGUACAGAUGAAGGAGAAGAUGAUCCCUCGUCAUCGUCUGGUGUGCUCGAACCUCCCGUAAAGAAAAAACGCCCAGAGGAAAUUAAGGCAGAACAGCUGAAUGCAGUGCACGAGCCGCCGAAAAUCAUAUUUAAGGGCGAUCCAGUGGAAGAAUUAAUUGGUAUAAUCAAAACUGGGAAUUGGCCGCUUGCAGAAGCUGGCCUUGAAAAGCUGACAUCACCAUCCUACUUGAAAAAUCAUAUGCCUUCGGAUUUCGAGAAAUUUUUUGUGGAAAUGAUUACUGUCGCUUUAUCUGAAGGUGCUCACAUAAAUACGCCAUUGAAGAUUGCUUUGUCACAGGUUUUUUUUCUCCGUCAAUGUUUUCGUUAG